AUGCUGCAACCCAAAUUGCAUGCGCUCUUCUGCCUCUGCUGCUGCCUCACCCUGGUUCAUCCUUUUGACCGGCAAGAUGUAAAUCCUGUUGACCAUGGUAAACCAACAGCACGGAUCAAUAAAUUACAAGUUAUAAUGGAUGUUGUGACCAUGGGCCAGACCAAAAUCCCCAAAGGAAGUGGACCUUAUCCCGUUGGUUGUACAGACCUGAUGUCUGAAUAUACUAAACAGAGCACCUUCUUGCGUCUGUAUUAUCCAUCCCAAGAUAAUGAUCACCCUGACACCGUGUGGAUCCCAAACAAGGAAUAUUUUGAUGGUCUUAGUAAAUUUCUUGGAACACACCAGCUUGUGGGCCACGUUUUGAACUUCUUAUUUGGUUCAAAAACCACACCUGCAAGCUGGAAUGCUCCAGUGAGGACUGGUGAAAAAUACCCACUGAUUGUUUUAUCUCAUGGUCUUGGAGCAUUGAGGACAAUUUAUUCUGCAAUUGGCAAUGACCUGGCAUCUCAUGGAUUUAUAGUUGCUACUGUAGAACACAGAGAUGGAUCCGCCUCUGCGACGUACUAUUUCAAUGACCACUCUGAUGCAGAAAUAGGGAACAAGUCCUGGCUCUAUCUCAGAACCCCACAACAAGGGGAGAAUGAGGUGCUUCUACGAAAUUCGCAGGUGCAACAAAGAGCAAAGGAGUGUUCCCAGGCUCUCGAUGUGAUGCUUUCUGGAACACCAGUGAAGAAUGUAUUAAAAUUAGAGUUUGAUAUGCAACAGCUGCGGGAUUCCAUCGAUAGAGAUAAAAUAGCAAUAAUGGGACAUUCUUUUGGUGGAGCCACAGUUAUUCAGGCUCUUCAUGAUGACCGGAGAUUCAGGUGCGGUAUUGCCCUGGAUGCAUGGAUGAUGCCCCUGAAUGAUGAAAUAUAUUCCAAGUUUUCUCAGCCUCUCUUUUUUAUCAACUCUGAAGGGUUCCAAACACCUGCUAAUAUCUUAAGUAUGAAAAAAUGCUACGCACCUGGUAAAGAAAGAAAAAUGAUCACAAUCAGGGGUUCAGUCCAUCAGAAUUUUGCUGACUUCACUUUUGCAGCUGGCAAAGCACUUGGAUACAUAUUCACACUAAAAGGAAAAAUAGAUUCAAAUAUAGCUCUCGAUCUUUCCAACAAAGCUUCAUUAGCAUUCUUACAAAAGCAUUUAGGACUUCAGAAAGAUUUUGAUAAAUGGGAUUAUUUGGUUGAAGGAAAAGAUGAUCACCUUAUCCCAGGGACCAAUGUUGACACAACCAACAUCCAUGGCGCUCUACAAAACUCUUCAAGUGUAGGGGAAUAG